CCCAAAAGCCAAACGGCCAAUCCCUAACCACCCCCCAUCACUUGAUAACCCACCCUAUCUUCACCACCAACCACAGAGGAGUCAUAUCGCCUCCUCCUCCUCAACACCAAAAACACCCGAACCAAUCUCCAGUCCACAUGUCCGUCCGCCGCUUCUGAAGCUGCGGCUUGAGAUGCUGCUAUUGCGCCUACCAAAGAUUCACCUUCUCUGUCAUCAUAGCUAUCAAGAAAUCCGCACGACACUUUGAACCCUUGAACCCUCGCACGUAUCAGGACCACGCUCGUACCUACCUCGUACCACGUAUCGCGACACACUAAAGGCAAGGACCGCGAAAGCGUAUCAGAUAGCAGAAGAGAAUUAUCUUUGCCAUCUCGUUCCAUCUCUUUCUCCGUAGAGACCGACGCCACUGCCGCAUUCUUCGUGAAGACCGACAACACUACCUAUCUACCCACUCUCCUCCUCUUCCAUAGCGACCAACGCUCCUACCAUCACAGCAUGCCUACGCAUACAAAUCGGACUCCCUCCAAGAAGCCCAGCAAUGCUAAAUCACCCAUCAAGCCGGUGGCCGCGCCGCUACCUGCCGUAACGCCCGGGAAAGCCGUGCUGGAAUACCAGCAGAUCCAGAAAGAUGAGAUUGAGGUCUUGCAGUCGGUGUUCAUGGAAGACUACAAGCGCAUUGAGAGACCUGGUGCGUGGAAUAAAUCCGAACAUGAGUUCAAACUGCGUCUCAAGGCGCCCUCGGACGACGAAUAUUUCUGUGUGCUUUCGGUGUUGAUGUCGGCGACAUAUCCAAAGACGGCUCCGGAUUUGUCCCUGACCGCUUCGAACCAGAUCCGACCACACCAUCUCGAGCGAUUGCGCGGGAUCAUCAGGCAGAUGCCGGGAAAACUGCUCGGCCAAGAAAUGAUCUACGAGAUUGCCGUCGCCCUGCAAGAUGCGCUCGAAAAUAUUGUGCAGAACCGGCUAGUUGAUCAGGAAAAGCCGUCGCUAGACCAGGAGCGGGCGCUGAAAGUCAUCUCGCAACAGAAGCUGGCGGAGCAGCAGGAGGAGAAAGAGCGCAAGAGGCGCGAAGACGAGGCGAAGGCCGAGCAGUUGAAGCUGGAGAAAGAGAUCGAGGAUGAGCUGCGACGCCAGCGGGAAAAUGCUAAAGAAACUCACCAAAGGCGUCGGAAGUCCACCUUGCUGGCUGAGGAGGAGGAAGGAAAUGCGGCCGCCGACGCCGAGGAUUGUAUCCUCUUUGAUAGAACCGUCAAGAUCCAUCUGAACGAUGGGGAUUUACCAUUUGUCUUCCGCAAGGUGUGCGGAAUGGUGAAGAUUGCCCAGGGUCCGCUGAUGACGGUCUUCACCGUGCGCCCCGCUUUCCCGGCACACGAGAGCAAGAAUCUCCCACUCAUCCUGAAGCAAGUAGAGCUACCAGAUAGUUUCGGUGAUUCCUCCGAGGGCAAGCACAAGAUCCAGAAUCUCGAACGGGAGAUCGACUCUCUGAGAAAUCUGAGGCAUCCAAAUGUUGUUGCGCUUUAUGAAUCCAAGAUCACCAGGUCCGGCUCCACCGGGUGGAGGGUUUCAAUCCUCACCGAAUACUCGAACAAGGGAUCUUUACGCGACUUGUUGGAGAUUGUGGACUGUGUGACUGCCGAUGUUGCUCGCUCUUGGAUGAUUUCUCUUCUGGAGGGUCUGGAUUAUGUGCAUCGCAAUGGCGCUAUCCAUGGAGAUAUCCAUGCCGGCAAUAUUCUUCUCUUCCGCGGAAGAUCAGGACCGCAUGCUGCACCCAAGCUCGCCGAUAUCAGUUACGCAAUCGCCAUUCGAGAUACCUUUCUUUCGCGCACCGUGGUGAAGCUUGGGCACUGGUCCCCUCCCGAGAUGUCUCCAUAUGGCACUGCGCCGAAUCACAAAGCCACACGAAAGGCGGAUAUCUGGAACCUUGGGGUUGUAUUUUUGCAGAUGAUAUUCGGUCUCAAUGUAGUGGAGAACUACGAUUCUCCGCAGAAGCUGAUCGACUCGAUCACACUAUCUGAAUCUCUCUUCGACUUCCUCGAGAGUAUCUUCCGCACGGAUAUCAAGAAGCGGCCAACCGCGUUUGAGUUGCUUCCGUCCGAAUUCCUCCGAAACGAUGACCCAAUCACGCAGCCAGAAUCACGCGCUUCUCCUCUGAGCAACUCGGGGAUCUCGUGGGGAAUGUCGAAUAACCACCACGUACGCAACCACAGCCGUGGCAGACACGGAUCGAUGGCCGGCGGUCCCGGAAUGAGCCGCUACGCCAGCGACUUUGUGGAGCUGGGCCGGCUCGGGAAAGGUGGCUACGGACAGGUCGUCAAGGCUAGAAACAGGCUUGAUGGCCGCGAGUAUGCCAUAAAGCAGAUCCAGCAAACUUCGGGAGCGAAACUCACCGAGAUCUUGUCGGAAGUCGUGCUGCUGAGUCGGUUGAACCACAGAUAUGUCGUACGCUACUUUACGGCGUGGUUGGAAGAUUUGGACUCUUCGCAUGUGGGUGGCUCGGCGAUCGCCGAGGACGAUGAGGACGACGAGGACGAUACUAUCAGCUCCGAUGACGAGGAGGAGUCUAUUUCUGGGGUCGAAUUCGCACAUAGUACUACUGGCGGUUUGGACUUUAUUUCCAACAGUGCUGGAUACGUUUAUGAUAGCGGUGAAUCGGAUGAGGAUGAGGAUACCGAGGAAGAAGAUGAGAGUGACUCCGACGAUGAAGACUCAACGGCUUCCAAGACGAGUGCUAAAGGCAAUGCGCUGAAAAGGACUACAAGCAAUGAGAAGAAAAGGGGGAAAGUCACGCUGUACAUCCAGAUGUCACUCGCCGAGCGUUUGACACUGCGGGAUCGUAUCCGCCAAGGCCUCGGCUUCGAAGAAGGCUGGAAGCUUUUCCGGCAGAUCCUUGAGGGUCUCUCUCACAUCCACGGUCUCGGUAUAAUUCAUCGAGACCUGAAGCCUGAGAAUAUCUUCAUCGAUCUUUCCGGGGAUCCCCAGAUCGGAGAUUUCGGUUUGGCGGCUCUAGUCGUCAAGAGCGAGAUGGAAAAGCCUAGUAAUGGCGAACCGGAUGGAGAAGGCGACCUCACGACAAACGUCGGCACUGCACUGUAUGUUGCGCCGGAGCUCAUAGGGAAGAGUCUGGGCAAUUACGAUGAGAAAGUCGACAUGUACUCUCUGGGUGUCAUCUUCUUCGAGAUGGUUUACCCUCUAGGUUCUGGCAUGGAGAGAGCUGAAGUCUUGAGCAAACUUCGCGAACCAGAUGUUGCAUUCCCGUUGGACUUCUGGACCGAGAAGAGGACUGUUCAGGGAAACAUCAUCAAGACGCUGUUGAGCCAUGCUCCGAGUGAACGACCAACCAGCGUUGAACUUCUGAAUUCUGGGAAGCUCCCCUUCAUGAUUGAGGAUAAAACGAUCAAACACGCACUUCAGAGUCUCUCCGACCCCACUACUCCCUAUCAUCAGCAGGUUAUGCAGGCGUUGUUCUCGCAGAAUACAAAGGAAUAUAAGAACCACACCUACGACAUCGGGGAGAAGGAGCACUCCGCACAGGACCUCCUGAUGCACAGCCUUGUGAAGGAGCGUCUGACCGACAUCUUCCGAAGCCAUGGCGCCGUCGAGACUACACGGCCCCUACUGAUGCCCAGGAGUAAAUACUACCCCGGUGGUGUUACAGGAGGCAAAGGUGUUGUCCAACUCAUGGACCACAAUGGAAAUCUUAUACAGCUACCGCAUGAUCUGACGCUUCCGCACGCCCGGCUCCUUGCCCGGUCGACAUCGCCCGCGCCCAAGACUUUCACCUUCGGCACGGUCUACAGGGAGAAUACUAGCGGCGGCCAACCACGAAGCCACGUCGAGGUGGAUUUCGACAUCAUUUCCAAUGACUCGCAGGAUCUUACGCUCAAGGAGGCCGAGGUCAUCAAAGUGAUCGACGAGGUGAUCGAUGCAUUCCCGAGCUUGAAGGGCGUGCAGAUGGCCUACCACCUCAACCAUUCGAACCUACUCGAUGCAGUAAUGGACUUCUGCCGGAUUCCUGCGCCGGUGAGAGCCUCUGCAAAGGACAUUGUGAGUAAAUUGGGCCAUGGACAGUGGAACUGGUCGAAGAUCCGCAAUGAGCUGGCUACUUCGAAGCUGGGGAUCCUGCCUACGUCCCUCGAUGAUUUGGCGAAGUUCGACUGGAGAGAUGAUCCGGAGAAGGCGUUUGAACGUCUCCAUGAGAUAUUCCAUGGCUUCAAAAAUGUCGAGAAACUUAAGCCGGUGUUUGAGCAUCUGAAAUCAGUCAUUGCAUACCUCAAGCUGUUUGCUGUCCACCGAAAGGUCUAUGUCAGCCCGCUCGGCACAUAUAACGACAAGUUCUAUAAGGGCGGACUUGUCUUCCAGUGCAUCUACGACAGCAAGAAGAGGGAGGUUUUCGCAGCUGGUGGAAGGUACGACAAUCUCAUCCAAGAGCACCGGUCCAAAGUCCACGACCAUGCUCAGGAAACCCACGUGGUCGGCGUAAACCUAGGCUGGGAGCAACUCGCAGAUUCGAUGAGCACCUACAACAAGCGCAUAACCAAGACCACAACCAAGCAUGGCGCCGAAGACGAGCACCAUCUCACCGGUGCAUGGGCCACCCGUCGCUGCGACGUGAUCGUAUCCGCAUUCGACAGCACCGCGCUCCGCAGCUUCGGCAUCUCGCUCCUGCAAGAACUGUGGGCCAACGGCAUCCGCGCCGAGCUCGGCAAAAACAUCACGGGAAUGGACAGUCUAGUGCACCAAUACAAGCACGACGGGGCCAGCUGGAUUGUCACUGUGAAGCAAGGCCUCGUGUCGGGCGAGCGCUCACUCAAGGUGAAAAACCUGCACACGAAGCAAGACGUGGAACUCCGCAACUCGGAGCUCAUCUCCUGGCUCAAAACCGAGCUUGCGGAACAGGAGCGGCGCAGCCUCCACGGCGGCCCCGCACGUCUCUCCCGCCACCUGUCAAGCCACUUCUCGUCGGACCUUGCCGUCCCCGGCACCCAGGGCGGCGCAGAAACGCACGUCGACGUCGACGUCCGCAUUCUCGCCUCCGACCGCAAGGGCCGCAAGGCGAAUCGCACCGUCAACGACAUGACACAGCGCAAAAUCAACCGCAAAUCGAUCAUUGAUGCGGCGCUUCGCACUGCCGCGGAGACCUCCGCCGUGUACCUCAAGUGUCCCAUCGCUGCCGUCGACGUUAGGUCAGAGAUGCUGGAGGAGAUUUUGAGGCUCGCGGGCCCGGAUGAUGGCGAGGGCUGGAAGAAGCUCGUCCAGAGCGUCCCUGUGCAGGAGAAGAAGUAUGUUCAUGAGAUUCAGGAGCUGUUGGCGACUAUUAAGGCGGAGGGACAUAGGCUGUGUUGGAUCUUCAGCUUCCGUAGUGGAGCGGCGGGGAUUGUGAGGAUGUGAUGGAUGGAUGGGCUUGUUUCGGUAUUUGUGGGGGAGUUUGGUUUCACUGUUCUGUUGUCUAUACCUUUUUUUCUUGCGAGCUUUUCACUUGGGCAUAUCUACGGUACUCUCUGGGAUCUGGUUCGUUUUGUUGCGUAUGUACUUGCGGACAUUGCAAUUUGCAAUUGUGGGUGGGAUGGGUUCGGUUGUAUGUACUUUGUUUCUGCUCGUUCAAUUCUCUCUAC